AUGUGUGGACGCUACGCUUUGGGCGUGCGCUUGGCGUACAUCCAACAGCAGCUGCAAGAGCGAGGAAUGCAAGUAGAUGAAGCUCCAGAUGAUGACGAUGUCCGUGAAACAUACAACUUUGCGCCGGGAAGCUUUGGCGCAAUCUACCGUGCCGACAUCCCUGACCACCAGACUCGCUCCGAGCGGGACACAGAAAAGGGUCAAGAGCAGAAUGACAAUGUCCCCGAGCAAGAGACUCAAAUUGAGGAGAAAGAGAAAGAAAAUGACACUUCAUCGGGGGCCCAUCCCAAAUACAAGCUUCAAAGCAUGAAAUGGGGCCUCAUCCCUUUCUGGACAAAGAGGCAGCCAGACUACGGUUCUAUGAUGCGCACGAUCAAUUGUCGCGAUGACUCGUUAAUCGAUAAUCGCGGCAUGUGGACGACUAUGAAGCAACGCAAAAGAUGUCUUGUGAUCUGUCAGGGCUUCUACGAAUGGUUGAAGAAGGGACCAGGGGGUAAAGAGAAAGUCCCGCACUUCGUCCGGCGUAAGGACGGUGACCUUAUGUGCUUUGCUGGACUGUGGGAUUGCGUGAAAUAUGAAGACUCGGAUGAGAAGCUGUACACGUACACCGUGAUUACUACCUCAUCUAAUUCUUAUUUGAAAUUCCUCCAUGAUCGGAUGCCUGUUAUCCUGGAUUAUGGAAGCGAAGAGAUGCGAACAUGGCUCGAUCCUACCCGAAAGACCUGGUCAAAGGAACUGCAGUCCAUUCUGAAACCCUACGAAGGCGAGCUCGAAUGCUAUCCCGUUUCGAAGGAAGUAGGCAAGGUUGGCAACAAUUCGCCGGACUUCAUUAUACCAGUCAACAGCAAAGAGAACAAGAGCAACAUUGCCAAUUUUUUCGCUAAUGCCAAGGCGAAAGACGCGUCCCCGAAGAAGGAGCCUGGUAUUAAGGCUGAAGGAGAUGAAGACAAGAAGGAUAUCGCUGCACACGGCACGAAGAGAGAGCAUGCGCCAGAACCAGCGAGCCCUGAUAAUGAGACCAAGAAACAAAAGGUGCAUCAACGCGCACUCUCGCCCUCGCCGCAAAAAUCCAAAACGCGUAGCGCAACCCACAAUACGCCGAUGAAGAAGGCAGUGGGGUCCAAACCACCAGCCGGAUCACAACGGAUUACGAAUUUUUUCAAGAAAUGA